AUGGAUUCUGAGAGUAGCAGUCUAAUAGGUUCGCGAAAUAAGCCUAGGUAUGAUACUUUUGAAAACUCUGGUGGUUACCAAAGUGAUGGUGAGUCAGCUUCAUCUGGUGAUGCGGUUAUUAAUCGGUUUAGGCUUAUGAGCCCUGAUGUAGAUCCCGAUAACAUAUUAGAAGAAGAUUUCAUGGAUGAUUUAACCAUACCUACGUCCUUUAGCACUGAGAUGAGGUAUGUAUUGAACAAUUCGGUUUUGAUUACUUUAACCUUUUUGCUGGAAUACUCUCUUACUAUUGUUUCGCUCUUCGUUGUUGGGCACGUUUGCACUGCAAGUGAUGCGCUAGCAGCUGCAUCACUUGCGGUAAUGACGUAUAACAUUACAGGUCUAGCAUUUGUUGAAGGUAUGGCAACAUCACUAGAUACAUUUUGUUCACAAGCAUAUGGUGCCAAAAAAUACUCCAAGGUUGGUCUAUAUGCAUUCCGCUGUGCGGCUAUGAUUGCUACUGGUAUCAUACCAGUUGUAGCAUCAUGGUGGUGUAGUGCCUCGUGGUUAGGAUACAUCAUUGCAGAAGGUGAUAUUCUAGCAGAUAUUCAACUCUUUUUGAGGGUGUUAUCCUUUGGGAUUCCUGGACUUAUUCUCUUCGAAACAGGUAAGAGGUUUUUACAAGCUCAAGGACAUUUCCAAGCAGGUACGUAUGCUCUUUUAUUGACGUUCCCGAUCAACUUCGUCCUGGUAUACUCAUUCACUAAGUGUUUUGGGUUCGCCGGUGCACCUCUUGGGAUUGCUAUCUCCCAAUGGGUAAUGUCGUUGAUGCUUUUCGUAUAUGCCAAGUUCUGGAAGCCAGAUACUCUGAAAUGUUGGUAUCCUAUUUUCACAUCAAGGUUUCACUUUAAACGCUUAUUUUCCUCUUGGAUGCCUAUGUUCAAUUUAGCGUUCCCAGGACUUUUAAUGAUUGAGGCAGAAUAUCUUUCGUUUGAGGUAUUGACGAUCAUGUCAACUUAUCUUGGUAUCCAAUCUAUCGCAGCUCAGUCAGUUAUCUCCAACGUUGGAUCUCUAGUAUACCAGAUUCCUUUUGCUAUGGGCUGCGUUGUUUCUACAAGAGUAGCCAAUUAUAUUGGAACUGCAUCAGUAGAUAAUGCUAGGCUCAGCAUUAAGACAUCUUACGUUAUUGCAUUAUUUAUUGGGUUACUAAAUUGUAGCAUAAUUUUAAUCGGUAACACAAGGCUAGCUCAUAUGUUUACUAACGACAAAGAGGUCAUUGGUCUUUGUAAAAACGUGAUGCCAAUAUUGGCUUUCAAUCAAUUGUAUGACGCUUUUACGACCUUCAGUGCAGCAAUGCUUCGCGGACAAGGUCGCCAACGUAUUGGUAGCAUAUUAAAUAUCGUUGCAUAUUAUAUCAUUGCUUUACCAUUAAGUGCUUGGCUAACAUUUGGAAGACUUCAAUUGGGUUUACCAGGCUUAUGGUAUGGUUGUGGUGUCGGAAUUUUGUUGUUAGCGUUCGCUUUGGGGUAUUGUAUUUGGUCUUCUGAUUGGGAUGAAAUAGUAGAAGAAUGCAUUAGAAGAGAGAAAGAAGAUAAUGAGAUAGAUUUAGAGAGUAUGGUAAGCAAUAUGAGUGGUAAUAUGAUUGCCGAUUAUGCCUGA